AGUCCGUGCAGGUGCCUGCGAGCGAAGCCAGCGCCAGUGAGCCAGAGCCAGAGCCAGUGCCUCGGCCGAGUGCAGAAGUUUAGCCAAGCCAAGUAAAAGCAAACAAGUGCAGUUUGUCGACGUAUGUAUGUAUGUAGAUGUACAUGUGUGCAUGUGUGUGUAUAUGUGUAUAUGCCCCCGCCGUAGCAUAGAUACAGAGAUACCUACACAUUUUCAACGCCAGCCGCCUGAAAAGUGAAAACAAACCAGGACAGUGCAAAACUAAACUCGAGUAAAAAAUAAAAGAAAUUUUAGAAUAUUGAGAGCUGCAAGUUCUUGAAAUUCUCGGGUAAUUCCCUGGCAUAGUUUUUGAGCAAAAUACGACGCACAAUCUGCAAGGAUACAAUGUCGACGCUGCCGUUCCUGUUGAGCGUUGCCGACGAGCUGGACAACAUCCAUACACAAUCGUAUCUGGAUGACUUUGGUCUGGGCUUCCAUCCGCAUCGGCAAUAUUAUCGCACGCCAACCAUACAGCUCUCGCUGCCGGCCAGCACAGACUGGACUGGACGCACGGAUUGGCAGGGACGACAUGCGCGCUUUCGCAGCUACAAGUUCUACGAUGAUUCGCAGAACAAUCUCGAGGAGGAGCAGGAGCAGGACCAGGACCAGGAGGCGGAGCAGCAGCAGCAGAACCUGCAGCACGAGUUGCAACUGGAACAUCGGGAGCACCAUCAGCAGAAGCAGCAGCAGCCGCAUCAACAACAACAACAGCAGCAACAACAACAACAACAAGCUCUCACUGCCAACAUGGUCAAGUCGAACUCACAUGAUGUGGGCGUAGGUGGGCUGGGUCUGAAUCUGAAGGCCGGUGAGGAGGAGGAUGACGAGAACAUCGAUCGCACUGUGCGCAUGUAUAAUCUGUCCAAGAAGUGCUGCAAGAAUUACUAUCGCCAUGCCCUCGAGAUGGAUGGACUCGGCGCCAGUGGCCGGAGCAAGUGCAGCAAUGCCCGUGCCGAGUGCCAUUAUUCUGGCUCCAGUUCGGAGGAGAGCCUGCAGAAGGUGCCAUCACCCAUAGAGUUUCUCACCUGUUUUCUGGUGAAGAAGACGCGUGCGCCCAAAUGCUCGAAACAUGCCACAGCUGCCGGCCGUGCGGCAGUUGGGCACCUCAAGAAGACAUAGAACGCAGCCGCGUUGCUGCCAGCAGCAACGGCGACACCAACAACAACAAUAAUAACAACAACAACAACAGGAACAACAACAACGGCAUCCGGCUCGAUGACAUCGACGUCGGCGUCGAAGCGUCGGAGCAACUGCUUCUGAAUGUUGGCCAGAGUCGGUGUGCUCUGCGGCCAGGCCUGGAGCUGGCUGCAGCGUUGCGGCGAGCUGCCCAGCUCGGAGCCAACGACGUUGCCUGCAACGCGUCUGGGACGCAUUACCUAUUAGGCGUCUCAAUUGCAGGGGGCGUGGCACACACGACUCACACACACACAUACACAUACACGCGCACACAACAAUUAGCAUUGAAAUUGUUUUAAAGUGCACACAAAAGGCUGGCGGCUCCGUGCACAGGAAUUUGCAUAAGGAUUCGUGCUGCGGCUUUUUUUUAUAGCCAAGGGACAAAGGCCAAAAUAAACACAACAACAACAAAAUAGAAAGCCGCUUCGAUUUGAACCACAAACACACACACACACACCGAAAUUGUUUUUUGAAAUUCUUAAUAAUCGAGAGUACACACAACAAUUUUGAAAGCCACAGAUUUUUACCGAAAAAUAACGAGAAUUUGUUAAGCAAACGUUUUUUAUACGAAUUUUUUGAUACCUAAAAAGUGAAACAAACAGAAUACUAUUUAUAUAUACUUAUAUAUUAUAUAAUAUACAUAUUAUACAUAUUGUACUUGAAAAACAAAAAACAAAAACGGGCAAAUUUAAGGCACAUCCAAAACAACAACAACAACAAACACACACAGCUUAAAGCAACUCACACACACUCACACACACACACACACGAAAAGUUUCUCUUUUUUUUUUUUGGGGUAAAAACAAAAAAGUUUUUUUUAUAGCUCAGCAAAUGAAGAACUAACAAAAAUUGCAGAAACUACCGACAAUGUCGGCAAGUGUUGGACUGGGUUAAGGUUCAGGCUAUGAAAAGUGAAACAUGUUACAACAAGAAGAAGAAGAAGCACUAAGGACAUUUAGAAAGACCUUGUGCCACAUGCGGCAAUUUACAGAUGGUUUUUGAUUUGAUCUAUGCCCAACGUAAUAUUUCCGUGUUCUUAACGUAUUCUAAAUGUUGAAGAAGAAAAAUCAAAAUAACAAAAAAUACAACACAACCAAAAGGAAACAAUAUAGUUAAAUUUUAUAUAUAUACAACAACAAAGAGAAAAUACAUAAUUGUAGCUGUUUGCACUUUCAGAGUUUAGUAUGAAUUAGAACUACAAAUAUGAUAUAUAUAUAUCACACUCGGUAUUAUAUGUAGUUAUACUUAUAUAACAUAUGCUCGUUCGAUCCUUUAGUAAAGAACACACAUGGAUUUACAUAAACUGUACACGACAUGUGGAUUAUAGUUACAUACAAACAUAUUCGGCGCAUUCGAAAGGGAAAUUUCGAUUUGAAAUUCCUUGUGGAAUGCGGCCAUUUACUGCUAAUUGUUACUUGAUGUCAAUCAUAAUCGAUAUAGUUAACUUAAGAGCUCUCUCCCAAAACAUGACAAAGUAGCAAAAACUGUUGAACUCUAAUCACAAAACACAUUCAUAUCUAUUAUAGAGCCGACUGGCUCCAUUAUUAGCGUUAAUUUGUAAAUCAUCUUCUUCUAAGCACUUUACAAACUCGUAAACGACAUACUUUAGCAACGCAAGGCAUAUCAUAUGGAAAACUUCAGCUAAAUCGAAUACAUA